AUGGAUUUACACAGUAUAUUGGAUAGCAUACCCGAGCCUCCUAUUGUUGACUUACACUUGGACGAGCUUAAUAGUUCGGGUGAAUAUAAUUUACCAACGCCGAUGUUUGAGUUUCAGAAAGAGCUUACAGACCAGAUUGUUUCGCUACACUAUUCAGACAUUUUGAAGUACUGUGAAACGAACGAUACUACUGAGUUGAUCAUCAAGUCUUUGCAAAUAUGUGUGGACAAUUGUAUGACCGUUGCCACUCAUCCGUAUUUGCUCAUUCAGCAUUACAUGCCCAAGAACUUAUCUAUGAGGGACCUCCCAGCCAAACUAGCCGAGACGAGUGGUAAAUUCAACGUCAUCAAGGAUCUUAUUAAUGUGAUGGUGUCAAACAAAGUCCUGCCGCUCCCGAAACAUGUUGGUGUGGUGAUGAAUAAUAAUGUUCGUGAAAUGGAUCUCUUGGAAGCAUUGAUCCUAGGAUGCCGUGGAUCCAAAAUCGUGCAGCGGUACGUUGGCAACAGCAUUAAAAGAGAGAACACCAAGAACCAGAAAAAUAAUGUCAAGGGUACUACUCCGCUCACCAUCCAUAUGAUUCCCCAAGAUGGCAAGCUUACAAGAAACGAAUCGGAAUUGGAAAAUGUCAAGUUCGACUGUAUCAUUGUCAUGGACGGCCAUGUCGAUACACAGACAGCCUUCUUCAAGAAUUUAAGGCAGCAGAAGCGCAGAGGAGAGGAAUGUGUUAUGGUUAGACUUAUACCCAUUUACUCCAUCGAACACUGCUUGCUUCAUUAUAAGGGAAUCGAAGGUGAUUCGUCAUACUUGUACAAGCUCAUUUCGUCCAUCGUUUGUUUGAGAGAUAGAAUCGGUAAUCUUCAGCCGGACAUUUUCCCUAUCUAUAACCAAAGCCUCACAUACUUGUCUCACACAUUCUUUGAUCAUGUUUUCAGACGUGAUAUUCGUUCCUUCCCUGCUUGGCCAUUGCCAGAGUUGCCAAAAAUACCGAGAUUUUCUCCUACAGAUGUGGAAAGAUCGCUUCUCACCGAAGUUGUGUACCAUUACACUCCAUACGAUUCUAAUGAGGCUUCGCUUGAUGGCUCUUCCAAGUCAAAAAGUUACUACCAAACCAAAAGACUCCAGCUGGACUACGUCACAAAUCCUCUCAAGAACGACUACAAUAUAUUGAGUGGAAUUCAUAAUCAUGCUGCCGUCUCUAAGAGACAAGGUAUGGAUCGCACAAUCCUCACACACAAGCUUAUCCUUGAAUUGAACGCGGGCUAUCUAGACUUGGCGAAAAUCGAGGAGGAGUAUCAUUGCUAUAUUGAUUAUAACAAAGAUGAACGCCAGGAGAAGGUUGGAAGGAGAAUAGAAGAGAUGAAGAAAUCUCUUUUUAGCAUUGUUUCGGAUGUUGAUCAUGUCGAGCAAAGAAUCCAAGUGAGCGAGAAGAAACUACAAAGAAGACAGGAAGAGAUUGAACAGCUCAAGGGUGAAAUCGAGCAAGACAAAGAAAAGUUGAGAAAGUUUAGCGAGCUAGAGUCUGUGACUACAAAUGAGGUUAAAAAAGCAUUUGUUGAGAACCAGUUAAAGAUCUGGGAGUUGCAGAAUGAAGUGAAGGAUCAGGCACACAAGUUGCAAACAAAGAACGAUGAAUUGACUUACACUAAACGCGAGAUAGAGAACUGCGAGAACUCCAUCAAGCAAUCAGAAGAACAAUUGAAGGAGGUCCGUGAGAAAAUCGCCGAACUUGAGAAGCAAUUGGCAGCUGCUCGACUGGCCGAAGUGGAAGAGAGUGAGAAUUUCAAGAAGAGAAAGCUCGCCACAAUCACUGACAUUGAUCACGCAAAGGAGGAAAAUACUCUACUCAAAACUAAACUUAUACCUCACAUUUGA